CGCCAACUUUUGCUCUUAUUCUAUUCUGAACCCUGACCAAUUAUUGACUGUCUACCAACAUGGACCACUGGCAGACACCUGACAACCUCGACGACUACUCGUCCUUCUUUGACGAUUCGUUGGACGUUUUUGGAAAUGUAGACUUCGAUGCUAAUCCACUCGACCAACUUCUCUACGCAACGACAGCACCGCUUUCCCCAACUUUCCGGCCAUGUUUUCUGGGUGAAAGCUUGACGCUGCCAUUUCCGGCUGAGGCCCUUUUAGGAAAUGAUGAGAUUGAUACCAACUCUCUCCAAACCAUCGGCGAUUGCCCUGAGCCCUUAGAGCAACAUCUGAGAUCUCAAGCAACAUCCAUUCCAGUCCGAGAUCCGUCCAAAUUGCUCAAGGUCGACCAGCAAGCUAGACUUUGCACACUUCAUAAAGAAGGAUUAUUGGAGGUCGAGAAACCCAAAGCAAAGAAAACAAAGUGGGACAAAUCUGUUGUUGUGUUUUCCUCGAAGCCAAAGUCCACGAAAGCCCCAAGGCAAAGAAAGAGCUUCGGGAAAUCGAGGCGGGAAGAGGUUGCCCUCACUCGGAAGGUCGGGGCCUGCAUUCAAUGUAGAAUUCGAAAAGGAUCGUGCGAACUUGGUCUUCCUUGCGAACAGUGCAUCAAGCGGGCAGGAAGUAACGCCCUAGGUAAGGAACUGUGCUCCCGUCAGAGUCUCUUAGCGGUGAGGUUUGAUCAUAUCGAUCUCUAUCUCGAGUAUGAUGAGUACGAAGAAAUUAGCAUGAGUCAGUGCAGGAGAAUUCCAGGCACAGAGAAGACAGUGUUCCUGAGCUACCCAACGUGCUGCGACGACAACAACCAGGAAAGGGUGUGGAUCGAAAGUCGAAUGCAGGACCACGAGGGACUGCCAAACCCAGAAUUUCGACCAUCAGUUCAUGUUGAAUGGAACUAUGAGGGACUGGAAUAUUACGAAGUGGCGGACCCUAAUUGGGCACUUGACCCAAACACGCUCCCUUCUAUCGACCAGUUGAUUGAAUGUCGGGGAAGGAAAAAGUACCACGGGUGCAGCUCAGGAGUAUUUGCUCCUUUGCAUAUUGCUUUCAGCGAUUUUGGAGAAAUGUACUGCCGCUCAAGCGCCGCUUUGCCUCUGCAAACACUGAUGGCUAGUAUUCUACGACAAAAAGCCUUACUCGGCCUUUAUCUACAUGUGGCCAUCAUCAAGCGACCUGGGGAAGGCCAGGUUGACUGGGCGCCAACCUUUAUGAAUUUCGAGCUCGACAUUGUGAUUCGAAAAGCUCUAAACGAAACGGAAGCUAAGAUUCUCUCCACCUUCGAAAGCAUCCUUUUUCGACCUGGCGGCGUCAACAGGCAGAACUCGUUAGUGGUGUGGGUGUGUCUAUGGCACCUACUACUUCAUUACAAAUGGGUGAUGCCAUGGGUUGCAGUAACCUGGAGAGAUCAUCCACUAAUUGUGCAGCCGAUUUACGGCCUAGCGCGACAUCUAUACAAUGCAGUCACCGCCAUCUACUCUGCGUUGUUUAGGACGAGCUCUCCACUUCUGUUCGAUUGGCGCACGGAAGAGGGCUCUGAGAUGCUGGGGAGAGAUCCAGAGCUAAUUAGGCUCUUUUGCAAUAUCAAGACAGAACUUUACUGGUUCAAUGCAGGGAAGGACCGCCUUUCAUCUGAAGACACGCUAUUCCAAACACUCGUCCUCGAAAACGAAAACAAACUUGUCACGGCACAUAUUAAAGCAGCAAAACGACAGGGGAUUUUAUGAAGGAGGUCUUCCAUUUAUGUUCCUGUUCCCGAAUCCUAUUCACAAUAUGCUACUCCCUGCCCAUUAAAUAUGCUGUAACUCAUCCUAGCAAAGCACUGAGGAGAGACAGCAUUCCAUCGCUUUUCCAUAAUGUUUCCCAUCUUAAACAUCCCAUCCAUAUUUCCCAAGAUGUGCAAACAACCCCUCCUAGAAUUUAU